UAUUAGUAGCUUUAAUUAAUUGCAAAGUUUAGUUAUGUAUUUACAAACCAUGAUCAUUUCAAUACCACGCCUAUUAUUUGUUUUCUAAUUACAAACGUAGACAAUAAAUUAGUAUUUUGGUAAAAUGAAUAACUAUAAGACAAAAUUAAAUUACGAUAGCCCGUGCGAUUCGGAUAACGACUGGACUUCUUCAGAUGAUUCCAAAUAUUCUGAUUCCGACAGUUCUGUUCCUGAAUGGGAUUCGGAUGUUGGCGAAGAUGGAGAGCUUGUGUACAUUAAAGUUGAAGCCUGCAAUGAUGUGGACGAUUCUAAGGCCCCGCUUUUGGAAAACUGUGAGGCAUUCAAAAGAAGAAAUAAUUUUAAGAGAACAUCUACAAGACGGUCAACUAAAGGCAGAAUAUUCAGAGUUCUAAAAAGUCAUAAAUCGAAACAGCUGGAUGUGUUUGGCCGAAAGAAAGCGGAUGACCAGGGAGCUGGGGCACUUUCUGGUAUUCUCAAGAAAACAUCUCUUGAGGAUAACAAAAUUGUUAUACAGGUCAGCAAAAACAUGAUGUUCAACAGCGAAAAAAAUUGUCAAAUAGAAAAAAUGUUUGGCAUCAGUCUAGAAAACUCAAAUGGAAAGAAUCUCAUAGUGGCUGAUUUUCUUCCCGAAGCCCGGGCUAUCUAUUCUCAGAGAGUAAAAAAAGGAUAUUACUUGCAGAAAAUAAAUAAUAUUGAUGUUAAUUCAUACAAUAUAAACAGUGUACUUCAAGUUGUUGCUGAUGAUUAUGAUAAUCCAAAACUUCAGUUCCAAGCAGCCGAAGAGGCCUUAUUUGAUAUAGAAAAGCUCCUUACAACAAAGCAAGCUCCGGAUAAUUCUCUAACACAAUUACUGAAAGACUCUAACUGUUCAGUCUUGUACAUAUGCUGUAAUGACAUUGAAUACCAUAGCAAUGACGACAAAGGAGUACUAUAUUGCUACCCGAGACCAUUUAAUCAAAACUUUCUUUAUAAUACCAGAGGAGCAUAUGUAACUUUAAAUCAUUUAGCUCCAAAGUCAUUAGGUACAAGCCAGCCUAUAACUUCAACAGUAUUACAUAAUAAUACUUUAAUAAAUAUUGCCUACAUGUCACAUUAUAGUGAUUUAUUACUAGUUGCAUUUCCGAAUAAAGAAGUUGACUUAUUCGCUGCUAAGCGAGUAAUCAUUCAUAUAACAAGGACUUUGGAAUUUCUUUACGGGUCUUUAAAAACUUGUUUUACUAAACCUAAUAAUGUUGAUAAGCUGGAUAGCUUAUUUUCUCGCAUAUUUAUUAGUUUGUUGUUUAGUAAUAUGGAUAAAGAUACAGAUAAGAGUAACGGGUUGUAUUUGGAAGAUGUUUUGGCAGCGCAUUGUAUAACGCUGCCUUUAGAAGUAAGGAUACAAGUGGAUGACGCUAUGACGGAGCUACAGGCGGCAGAUUACAGAGAAUGGACUGACGACAUUGAAAACUUUCAAAGGCUGUACACCGUGAUCGGAACAUGUUUAUAUUACUCUGGACACCUACUAAGUUCUCACGUACAAGACGAAGAGUUGUUCGAAAUCAACGCAUUCUUGAAACUCAACGGUAUUUUGAAAUUGAGCGCGGAAAAGGAAUUGGAAAAACUUGUAAUUUGGAAGGAGGUUUAUAUACAUGAACAUAGGAAGCAGAACAAGAAUGAUAGCAAUGAAUAUAGAAUUCCAGAUGGGCGCUGGUUUCUACUAGUGGCCGGAAAGGGACACUUCAUUCUGGCCACGCUGAUGGAGGCUGGAGGAUGUACAGAAGAUGCAAUAGGCAUCACCCCGCCAUCUCCAUUCUACGUAGAAGAGUGCGAGAGCUGUAUAGAACUCCUAUACGAUGUAGGGCUGGACAAGUACCUCUCUACGUGGCUACGGUCCAAUACACAGCCGCAACUAGAAUGCUCACCGGAGCGCUUAACCAAGCAGGGGAAGAAGAUAAAUCAAAAAUCCGACGGCACUCUAAAACCCUCAACUCUCAAGCUCCCAAAAGACCGUCGUCGUCACAACUCCACCGAGCAGAUAAACGUCUCCAGCGACUCCGUCAACUAUGGCAGCCAUCACAGUCUGCACUCCCAGUGGUACAACGGGAAACGCCAUGCCAGCAACUUGGACGUCAGUUAUUCUGAGGACUCCAACAGUUUGAAGAGCAAUAGUGAAAAGAGCGAAGAGCGCAUACAAGGGCGAAGAGCCGACCGAGAAAGGAAUCGACGGGAUUCCUCGGGCUCUGAUUCUGAUUGGGACAGACAGGAGGGCAGCAGAGCUAGCGGCAGUAUUGAUGCGUCUGACAUUAGGAAAUCCUUGCUCAGUGAAAUUGAUCAUGUCACUGUUCAUAGAAUAACGGCGGGCGACGAAAACGUGCUAUUCCACUUCCUACAGUUAGAAUCCGCGAAGGGCAUCCUAAUAGCACCAGUGAACAGUAUAGAGGUGCAAGCGAACAAUGCGCUGUACACACACAUUAUACGGACUUUUCGGGCUGCCAGUAAACGCAUACAUGAGCUGUUGCAACAUUGUGUGCGCUUCAAAAGAAACUACACGCCUCCGAACCCCAACAAGGUGUUGGUGGCGGUGAAGGAGUACGCCAUGUUGUUCCGCGCUCCGCCCGCCACGCUGUCCCGGUGCGGGAUUAAGAACGACCCAUUUCACUUCUGGGUUGUCGGGCGUAUAUUCAGUGAGCCCGAGCCACGCGAGCUUUACGUCUGCUACCACGAGUCCGUGCCGCAGGAUCUCACCGAAAUAUCAUAUUUACUCUCCUAUUUAGAAUAACUUUGUAACAUUUUCAAUGCGCAACUUGGUCAGGGUGCUUACCGGGCACUGCGGCCUAAAUAAGCGCAUGCACACUAUGGGGAAACGUGACAUGGGGCGGUGCAGACUCUGUAUGGAGGCAGAGGAGACGCCCCUACACAUCCUCACAGAGUGCCCCUGCCUAAUGCGCACUCGUGACUUGAUCCUGGGUGGACAUAUAUUGCGCCCGGAGGAGUUAAAAUCUCUCGAAACCAAAAAGAUCCUGCAGCUGUUUGAAGUUGCAGGUUUGGAUCGAGAGUUGUAGUAGGUGGCGAUCACAAUAGAUCAGAGAUGGUCGCAGUGAUACAUAGGCUCUGGAGCCUUACAUAGCCCCUAGAAAAAGAAGAAGAAGAAGAACAUUUUCAAUAUCACGUUAAAUCUACUCCGACAACGCUAACUUUGCUAACUUUGGCAGUGACAAUGACAAUACAUAUUCCACACAUGAAUCUAGUAUAACUGGAUCGGUCAUGAGGGGUGGGGGGAAAUGACCGAACGGGAUAGUCUUAUGUAUCUUGUAGGAGUAGCAGAGAAAGCGCUGUUAUUGUUUGUCCUUGUCACAGUCUCACUUUUUUUUUCCCCACCGUAAAUUUAGUAUGGUUUAUGGUGGGCUACAAAUCUACUCGACCAAUCAUAUUGUAUCAUUGCGCAUGCUCUGUCCCUCACGGGCGCACGCGUAUAGCUCGUCUAUGUAUGUGUCUAUGAUUCCACAGGAGCAUGAUUGACGUAGUACUUGGUAUAGUUGGAAUGAAAACUUAACGUGGUCUUUAGACAUUGUGUAUCCGCCGAAAUUUUACGCUGAAGGUAACAUACCUAUAGCAUUAUAUCUUCUGUUUUCGAACAAUAACGACGCAGGUUCUUAAUUUCUAGAUGUAACUUACUUAUACGUAGUCUGUACGUAGUUUUGAGCUGUAUUAGAAUUGUGUGUAUUUGUUGCUCUUCACUUUCUUGAACAGAAAAGAUAUAUUAGAAUACCUCUAGAAUGGGCAAGCAUGAAGCUUAGAAUAAACACUUUUAUAAUAGGGAAUAUUACGCGAAACUGCGUAUUGUGCCACUACCACAAGCUGAGGGUCUAUCGUGAAACUAGAAUAUCGAAAUUUCGUAAAUUAUCUAACAUCUUUGUCACUCCUGCAUUUCGUAUUCGCGUUUCCCGGUAGAUCCUCUGUAAACAAACCGCCUUAAUGUGCCUUAAUGCAUGUCAUAUUUUAUUAUUUUUGAAAACUUGUCAAAAAACUGUUAAAGGCACAGUUUGUAUAAGUUACUCUAUGAUUUACUGAAAAGGCUAGUGCUGCACUCUGGUGGCAGAACAUUGCAGAAAUACCCCCUAUUUGUGUGUUGUGACUAAAGUAGCAAGUUAACACCCUUGGCAUUUCCAUGACAAAAUUUCAACUCAUGCAGUAUAAUUUUAGUAGAUAUAGAUUUAAGUAAGUGUUUUUUUUUGAGGCAUUGACCGCACCUUAAGCAGCGUUAGCCUUAUGGACAAAAAAUUACAAUUUUACAAGUGUAAACUGGCAAACUCAAUGCGUUUGAUGCUUGCUUAGAGUUGAAUAACCUUUUGAUCGGUGUUGCCAGUUUAGAAUAUCUUACAUUAUUUAACUUACCAUUAUUUCCUUAAUAUUAAGUUUAGACAGAUACCUAACCGGAAUGUAAACGAGCGACAAUGGCGGCAGAUAAACCGUACGCGGUUUUCGCUCGCUGUUUCCAAAUGUAAAUUGUAUUUUAAGAUUGUUUUGGAUAAAAAAAAUAGUAAAAUUAUGGCCCUUAGAGUUCGGAUAAAUCGCAUUUAGUGAAUUUGACGACGUGAAACUUUUUUUAUCAAUAUUAACACGAAGGAGAAAAAUAGAAAAUGUUUAUUUAGUUGUUAGACAAUAGGUUAAAUAUAUAGUCCUGCAAGAAAUUGUAGAAAAUUAUUGAGGGCGCCACUUCCUAUGAAACUGUCACAUUUUUGACGUAAAAUGCAAGAACAAUUUACAAUUUAGUAUGGAUUUUUUUUUAGUUCCGGUUUAUUUAAUUUAUACUAUUUUAUGUCGCACUGUGUUUAUUGUAAGUAAUGGUUAUAAUGUUCUUCCAUCCUGAGCUUUAAUAAAUAAU